CCAGAAACCUGCAUAAUAAAACACGAGGAACCAGAAACCUGCGUUAUAAAACACGAGGAACCAGAAACCGGGAGAACAAAACACGAGAAACAAGACGGCCGUCUUUUUAUGCUGGCCUCAGGCAGUCGGUUGAAAUCACAGGCCCCCUCCCCUCUCUCCAUGCCGCUUUACUUAAGAUAUGCUCCUUGUCUAUUUUUGAAGGCUUGAUGAAAGUGAAAGAAGAAAGACAAGAUCUGAAUGAAGUGGAGGAGAAGCAUCAGGAUCAGAGAGAUGCUGAAGAACAAUCAGUGAAUUACUCCGAAACUGAAAGGAGUUGCUCACAAAGCAGCAUUCAGAUAACUGAUGUUAAAAGGCCUUUCACCUGCUCCCAGUGUGGAAACACUUUUAAACAUAAAAGAAGCCUCGUAUACCACACAUUAGUUCAUGCUGGAAUAAAGCCUUUCAGCUGUUCUCAGUGUGGAAAGAGUUUUACACAGAAAAAACAGCUUAAUGAUCAUGUGCUUGUUCAUUCUCCAGAAAAACCUUUCAGCUGCUCUCAGUGUGGAAACACUUUCACACGUAAAGCAAACCUUAAAAGUCACAUGAUAAUUCAUAGUGGGGAAAAGCCUUUCAGCUGCUCUCAGUGUGGAAACACUUUUACAUGUAAAGGAAGCCUGAAGAAUCACAUGUUAAUUCAUGCUGGAAUAAAGCCUUUCGUCUGCGCUCAGUGUGGAAAGAGUUUUGUGCAGAAAGGACACCUUAAGAUUCAUUUGGUAACUCACUCUUCAAAAAAGCCUUUCACCUGCUCUGAGUGUGGAAGGAGUUUUACACAGAGAAAUCAACUUAAUGAUCAUGUUUAUAGUCACUCUACCACAAAGCCAUUCAGCUGCUCUCAGUGUGGAAAGUGUUUCUCAUUGGAAAAAAAACUCAAUGAGCAUGUGCGUAUUCACGCUUCACAAAAGCCUUUCAUCUGCCUUCAGUGUGGAAACUCUUUUACACGUAAAGCAAGCCUUAACAAUCACCUGAUAAUUCAUACUGGGAAAAAGCCUUUCAGCUGCUCUGAGUGUGGAAACACUUUCAAACGUAAAGGGUGCCUUAAGAAUCACAUGUUAAUUCAUGCUGGAAUAAAGCGUUUUACCUGCGCUCAGUGUGGAAAGACUUUUACACAGAAAGGACACCUUAAUGUUCAUUUGAUAACUCACUCUACAGAAAAGCCUUUCACCUGCUCUCAGUGUGGAAACACUUUCAAGCGUAAAGAAUGCCUUAGAAGUCACGUUAAUUCACACUGGGAAAAAGCUUUUUACUUGCUCUGUGUGAAAAGUGUUUCAACUUUAAACAAGGAUUUAAUAGUUGCAUGAGAAUUCAUACUUAAGCGAAGUCGUCGGUGUGUGAAGAGUUUUAAAUGGAAAGCUGGUCUCACUUUGCCAUGAGAAAAUUGAACUGAUCUGGAUGGAGAUUUCCAAGGGUUGACUCUUAAAAUAGCACAAGAAACUAAUGCUUGAAAGAGUUAAAGUGUGCUGUGAGUGUGGGAAGAGCUUUAACACAGACAAGUAUUGGAUACAGAAAAUAAAGUUUGACUGAAAUAAAGUCGAACCAGUAUUUACAUCCAUAUUUAAAGGUGCAUUUUCUCUCAGAAUCGUUACAUUAAAAGAGGUAAAUAGACAUUAUGCUGAUUAAGACUUAUUCUUAGAACUUAGCUGCAAGGUGGAGGAAGUGAAAAAACAUUGAUCUAUGUCUUUCGUUAUUAACUAUUAUUAUUAUUUAGUUAUUCCAUCAUAAUUGUGUUUUUCAUGAGAUUUUUUUUUCCACUUUUAGGCGUUCUUUUUUUUUUUUUUUUUUUUUUUUUU